AUGCCUGACGUGGGAACCGGCACCUCCUGCGUGGAUGCUCGCCGGCGCUCGCCAGCCUGGGCUGGGUUCAUCUUCUGGCUUGGGGACGAUGUUGGCAACACCAGCUUCAAGCUUCUGUUGGAACUGCCUGCAUCCAUCGAGGUGCCCACCGAGGGCAAAGACAGCAGGCAGACACAUCGCCAGCCCCAGGAGCUCAAAGCCAAGCUGGAAGAGGAGCCCCAGGGCAUUGAUGGCAUUUACUGCACCCAUCUCAGUGUGUGGCACCAUCCACCCCAGAUGGCCGCGGACCCCGAGCCGCCCGUCCGGCACGCGAGUGUGCGCUCCCGCGUGUUCGUGUGUCCGGGGGAGGCUGCGGACAGCCCUGGAGGGGGCGCCCUCGCCGAGCGCGCGCGCCCCACGCCACCGCCCCGGGCUCCUCCCCGGCGCCGCGCGGGCAGGUUCGCCGAGGCGGCCGCGGGCUCCGGCUCCUGGGCCCGCUCCCCCCGGGCCGGCGGCGCUGGCCUGCCCGCCAGGCCGCCCCCGCCCGUCCGCGCCCCGCCCCGCUGCGCAACUCUACCCAAGUUGGAAGCCGAGCCCGAGCGGCGACACUCGCGCCGAGCGCACGGCGGCGGCGGCGGCGGCGGCGGCGGCGGCGCAGCUCCGGCGAGCCGAGGCAGGCGAGGCGGCGCCAGCACGGCCGAGCGCGGACCGCGGGGGGCGCCCGCGCCGGGAGCAGCGGGAGGAGGAGCCGGAGGAGGACGCACGGCGACGCCGGCGCCCUGCCCGGGAAACGGCGCCGGCGAGCGGGGCAGCGGCGGGGCCGCCAACGCCUCGGGGGCUGCCUGGGGCCCGCCCCCGGGCCAGUACUCGGCGGGCGCCGUGGCGGGGCUAGCGGCCGUGGUGGGCUUCCUCAUCGUCUUCACUGUGGUGGGCAACGUGCUGGUGGUGAUCGCUGUGCUGACCAGCCGCGCGCUGCGUGCGCCGCAGAACCUCUUCCUGGUGUCGCUGGCCUCGGCCGACAUCCUGGUGGCCACGCUGGUCAUGCCCUUCUCGCUGGCCAACGAGCUCAUGGCCUACUGGUACUUCGGGCAGGUGUGGUGCGGCGUGUACCUGGCGCUCGACGUGCUCUUCUGCACCUCGUCCAUUGUGCACCUGUGCGCCAUCAGCCUGGACCGCUACUGGUCCGUGACGCAGGCUGUCGAGUACAAUGUGAAGCGCACGCCGCGCCGCGUCAAGGCCACCAUCGUGGCCGUGUGGCUCAUCUCGGCCGUCAUCUCCUUCCCGCCACUCGUCUCGCUCUACCGCCAGCCCGACGGCGCCGCCUACCCGCAGUGUGGCCUCAAUGACGAGACCUGGUACAUCCUGUCCUCCUGCAUCGGGUCCUUCUUUGCGCCCUGCCUCAUCAUGGGCCUGGUCUACGCGCGCAUCUACCGGGUGGCCAAGCUGCGCACGCGCACGCUGAGCGAGAAGCGCGAGCCCGCGGGCCCCGACGGCGCGUCCCCGACCGCGGAGAACGGGCUUGGCGCGGGCGAGAACGGGCACUGCGCGACCCCGCGCCGCCCGCGCGCCGAUGUGGAGCCGGAGGACAGCGGCGUGGCGGCCGAGAGGAGGCGGUGCCGAGGCGCGCUGCGGCGGGGCGGGGGGGGGCCCGGGCCGGGGGCGGCCGAGCCGGGCGCGAUGGCCGCCGCGAGGUCCCCGGUCCCCAGCUGGCGCCUGUCGCGCGCCAGCUCGCGUUCCGUCGAGUUCUUCCUGUCGCGCCGGCGCCGGGCGCGCAGCAGCGUGUGCCGCCGCAAGGUGGCCCAGGCGCGCGAGAAGCGCUUCACCUUCGUGCUGGCGGUGGUCAUGGGCGUGUUUGUGCUCUGCUGGUUCCCCUUCUUCUUCAGCUACAGCCUGUACGGCAUCUGCCGCGAGGCCUGCCAGGUGCCCGGCCCGCUCUUCAAGUUCUUUUUCUGGAUCGGCUACUGCAACAGCUCGCUCAACCCGGUCAUCUACACCGUCUUCAAUCAGGACUUCCGGCGCUCUUUCAAGCACAUCCUCUUCCGACGGAGGAGAAAGGGCUUCAGGCAGUGA